AUGGGCUGCUGUGACAGAAGGUGCGCGCUGGUAGCCGGAGCUGUGUUCGGGGCGGCGGUAGCCAUCCUGGGAGGUGUCCUUAUCCCGUUGGGGAACAGCAUCAUUGAGGGGACAGUGGAGAAGGAAGCCGUCAUUGAGCCGGGAACGACAGCUUACAACAGCUGGGUGUCUGCGGGGGCAAAAGUGUACAGGCAGUUCUGGUUCUUUGAUGUGAAAAACCCCCAGGAGGUUUUGCAGUAUGGGGCAAAACCAGUGGUAUUGGAAAAGGGACCUUACACAUACAGGACAAGAUAUCUUCCCAAAGACAACAUCACGUUCAACGCCAACAACACUGUCUCCUUCCUGCUGCCUAUGGGCGCCAUCUUUGAGCCGUCCAUGUCCGUGGGACCGGAGACAGACAGAGUGACCUCCCUCAACCUGGCUGUGGCUGGAGCUUAUUCACUGAUUCCAGUUUUUUUUCAUCCUGUGCUGGAGACUAUGAUAAAGUUAAGCAACUCCUCCUUGUUCCAGCACCGCACAGUCAAGGAAAUGCUCUGGGGUUACACAGACCCCAUGUUGAAAAAUACCGUGGGCUUAUUUGUACAUUACAAUAGCACCUAUGAUGGCUUCUACACUGUCUUCAAUGGAAAGGAGGACAUCUCUAAAGUGGGAGUGAUUGACAGGUGGCGGGGAGAGGGGAGCUUACGUUUCUGGAAUGACACGUACUGUGACAUGAUCAAUGGGACAGAUGCUUCCUCAUUCCCUCCCUUUGUGGACAAGAAGGAGCCUAUCUAUUUCUUCUCAUCAGACAUUUGCAGGUCUGUGUCAGCCAUGUUUGAGGAGAGCAUGGACCUGAAAGGGAUUGAGGUGUACCGCUACGGCCUGCAGCCAUCCACCCUGGCCUCCCCUACGGUCAACCCAAACAACAGGUGCUUCUGCAGAAACCCAAAGACCACCAAGAACUGCACCAUCGCCGGAGUGCUGGAUAUCAGCUCCUGUCAAGAUGGAAGGCCUAUCUACAUCUCCCUGCCCCACUUCCUUCAUGGCAGUCCAUCCCUGCUAGAGGAUGUACUGGGUCUCAGUCCCAGCGAGGAGCACCAUCACACCUACCUAGAUGUGGAACCUACAACCGGGUUUACCCUGAGGUUUGCCAAGAGAAUUCAAGUGAAUAUGAUGUAUGGACCCUCGAAGGUCAUCACGGUGCUUAAGAAAGUCAAGGAUUAUACCGUAUUCCCUCUUGUUUGGCUGAAUGAGACGGCUAUGUUGGAUGACGAAACAGCAGACAUGUUUAAGAAGGAGCUCCUCUCCCGUAUCCGGAUGUUGGAGAUAAUACAGCAGGUGCUGCUGGGCACAGGUCUGACCAUCUUCCUCGCUUGUCUCAUCUCCUACUGUGUGGUGACGAGGAGAAAUAACCAAAGCAAGCUCGUGUGAAUGAAUCAUACAGAGGUGUCUAUUGUGUGUAAGUUGUGGAGCACUUUGCCUUUAAGCUGCUAUGGGACAUCAACACUUUUGAUAUAGAUCUACACUUUUUUCAAAUUUUAGUGUUAUUUAUAAUGUCAUACUUUGUUUGAUACCCGAGGGGGGGGAUACUGUGAUUUUGUAAAGCUCAAGAGCUGAAUUCCUUUGCCAAGUAUUAUUUUAAGUGCAAACACUGUAACAAUAACUUAAUCAGGGAUUUCCAGAGGGAGAGCAGGUGCAGACUCCUCUUAGCUGCCAGGUUAUUAAUCCGCACAGAGGAGAAAUGGGUUUGUUUGACAUCCUAUAAAAGAAAUGUACAUGAAGCUAAUCCUGUGCAAAUGUUAAUA